AUGUGGAUGGUUCCAGAAGGUAAAUGCAAAGAUUAAAGAGCAUUCAGUGAUAUAAAUGAUGCUAACCUAUCAGCAUGUACUAGUUGGGGUUCCACUUGUGUUUCAGAAGGAACCAAAUGUAUUGAUAAAGGAACUUGUUUUUCAUAUCUAAUCUUUUCAUGUUGUGAUAAUGAAGUACUGAUGAAUGUUGUUAAUGGACUAGAAAGUAUUGUAUUCUGAGAGAAUUUCAAAAUAAAGCUGCUUCUUCUGAUAUUGAAUGUUUAGCAUAAGUUGUUAAGAGUGGACUCUGUAAACUGAUGAAGGUAAGUGUUCCUAGAUCUGCAUGUGUUUAUUAUCAAAAUGAAACAGCUAUUACAACGGGUUAAGAUAAGGUCCCAAGUGUAUUUGAUUAAACAGUUGAAGCAAAAACAAGAACUAAAUCAUACUAAUAUAAAGAAUACAUAUAUAUCAAAGCAUUUCCAAAAAAAGUUCAUGUUUUAAUGAACUCAAUUGUUUAAAAUUAAGAUAUGUGUGCCUGUUAUAAGAAUAAAUUAUCAUGCAAAUCAAGAGGAUUUGAUGGUAAAUGAGUAUUUACUUUAGGACCAACUGUUGCUGAUCCAAAUGAUCUACAUGCAAUGAUAUCAAAUCCUAUGAAACUGAUAAUAAUCCUGGAGUUGGUUCAGGUACUACUUGAAAUCCAUUCCAAAUUUUAAUGGUGCAUCAAGCUAUUAUGUAUGUGCAGUUGA